UAAUCCUUCUAUCACCAAUAACAUUCAUAAAAUUAUGCUUUGUGUUCUAUAGGAGACUGGGUGGAUUAAUGUGGCGCUAAAAUGCGUAGCUGUCCUUCGGUGGUUCUCGGUGCUCCCCUCUGUCUGUGGUUUUUUUGGUUUCGCCCAAACUUGGUUCAGAUUUGAGUUCGUUUUCUCUCCUGUCUGGGAUCGCUCUACUGGAGGUGAAGGACCGCCUGUCCCUUCUCUGCCUUCGCUGUCAAUGGCUUUUGGGACGUAUUUUAUUUGAAUGUCUGGGCCCUUUAAGUGACCAAUAAUGGAUAUUCUAUGGAUAUUAUGGACCAUACCGGCCGUAAUAGCAGUUGAAGAGACACUCAUGGACUCCACCACAGCCACGGCGGAGCUGGGCUGGACCGUUUACCCCGUGUCAGGGUCGAGCGACAACAGCUGGGAGGAGGUGAGUGGUUAUGAUGAAAACAUGAACACCAUCCGGACGUACCAGGUCUGCAAUGUUUUUGACAACAAUCAGAACAACUGGGUACGGACAAAGUACAUCCGGCGUCGUGGCGCGCAACGGAUCCACGUGGAGAUGAAGUUCUCGGUGAGGGACUGCAGCAGCAUCCCGAACGUACCGGGCUCCUGCAAGGAGACGUUUAACCUGUAUUACUACGAAUCUGACGCUGACACAGCCACCAGGAGCUCCCCGGCAUGGAUGGAGAACCCCUGGAUCAAGGUGGACACCAUCGCAGCGGAUGAGAGCUUCUCCCAGGUGGACCUAGGAGGCAGAGUGAUGAAGAUCAAUACCGAGGUUCGGAGCUUCGGCCCCGUGUCGCGGAAUGGCUUCUACCUGGCCUUCCAGGACUACGGCGGCUGCAUGUCGCUCAUCGCUGUCCGCGUCUUCUACCGGAAGUGUCCUCGUAUCAUCACUAACGGGGCGUUGUUCCAGGAGACACUCUCGGGGGCGGAGAGCACCUCUCUUGUUGCUGCAAGAGGUGUUUGUAUCCCUAACGCAGAGGAGGUGGAUGUGCCCAUUAAACUGUACUGCAACGGGGAUGGAGAAUGGAUGGUUCCCAUCGGGCGCUGUAUGUGCAAGGCUGGGAACGAGGCCGUGGAGAACGGGACUGUCUGUCGAGCUUGUCCCUCGGGCUUUUUCAAGCCAACUCAAGGAGAUGAGCCCUGUUUGCAGUGUCCCAUCAACAGCCGCACCACCAGCGAAGGCGCCAUCAACUGCGUUUGCCGCAAUGGAUACUAUCGCACCGACUCAGACCCCCUCCAGAUGCCCUGCACGACUGUCCCUUCAGCUCCGCAGACCGUUAUCUCCAGCGUGAACGAAACCUCUGUGAUGCUGGAGUGGAUGCCUCCUCGGGAUUCAGGGGGCCGCGAGGAUGUGGUCUUCAACAUCAUCUGCAAGAGCUGCGGUGGAGGCCGGGGAGGCUGCACCCGCUGUGGGGACAACGUUCAGUUUUUGCCCCGUCAGCUGGGCCUGACAGAACCCCGGGUCUACAUAAGUGACCUGCUGGCCCACACACAGUACACGUUUGAGGUGCAGGCUGUCAACGGGGUGUCAGAUCAGAGCCCCUACUCCCCUCAGUAUGCCUCAGUCAACAUUACCACUAACCAGGCGGCUCCAUCCACUGUAUCUAUAAUGCACCAGGUCAGUCGUUCAGUGGACAGCAUCACCCUCUCCUGGUCCCAGCCUGACCAGCCCAAUGGAGUCAUCCUGGACUAUGAACUACAAUAUUAUGAAAAGGACCAAUCAGAAUAUAACUCCACCACUAUCAGGAGCCAGACCAACACAGUGGUCAUCCGUGGCCUCAAGCCAGGAAGCAUCUACGUGUUCCAGGUCCGGGCGCGCACCGUGGCCGGGUUUGGACGCUACAGUGGCAAACUGUACUUCCAGACCAUGACCGAGGCGGAAUACAACACCAGCAUUCAGGAGAAGCUCCCUCUCAUCAUUGGCUCGGCAGCCGCGGGCUUGGUUUUCCUCAUUGCUGUGGUCGUCAUCAUCAUCGUCUGUAACCGGAGGCGUGGCUUCGACAGGGCUGAUUCAGAAUACACAGACAAACUGCAGCACUACACCAGCGGCCACAUGACUCCAGGAAUGAAGAUAUAUAUUGAUCCGUUCACAUAUGAGGACCCCAAUGAGGCUGUGAGGGAGUUUGCCAAGGAGAUUGAUAUAUCCUGCGUGAAGAUUGAACAGGUCAUUGGUGCAGGAGAGUUUGGGGAGGUGUGCAGUGGUAACCUAAAGCUCCCAGGUAAAAGGGAAAUGUUUGUGGCCAUAAAAACUCUCAAGUCUGGCUACACAGAGAAGCAAAGGCGGGACUUUCUGAGUGAGGCCAGCAUCAUGGGGCAGUUUGACCAUCCUAACGUCAUUCACCUGGAGGGCGUGGUCACCAAGAGCAGUCCUGUGAUGAUCAUCACCGAGUUCAUGGAGAAUGGAUCCCUGGACUCCUUCCUCAGACAAAACGACGGCCAGUUUACUGUGAUCCAGCUCGUUGGUAUGCUGCGCGGCAUCGCCUCAGGCAUGAAGUACCUCGCUGACAUGAACUACGUGCACCGUGACCUUGCCGCCCGAAACAUCCUGGUCAACAGCAACCUCGUCUGCAAGGUGUCGGACUUCGGUCUCUCGCGCUUCCUGGAGGAUGAUACGUCGGACCCUACCUACACUAGUGCUUUGGGUGGGAAGAUUCCUAUCCGAUGGACUGCACCCGAAGCUAUCCAGUACAGGAAGUUCACCUCUGCUAGUGAUGUGUGGAGCUACGGGAUCGUCAUGUGGGAAGUCAUGUCCUACGGAGAGAGGCCUUACUGGGACAUGACCAAUCAAGAUGUCAUCAAUGCCAUAGAGCAGGACUACCGACUGCCCCCACCCAUGGACUGUCCCAGUGCGCUUCACCAGCUCAUGCUGGACUGCUGGCAGAAAGACCGCAACAACCGGCCCAAGUUCAGCCAGAUCGUCAACAACCUGGACAAGAUGAUCCGCAAUCCCAACACGCUAAAGGCCAUGACUCCGUUAUCUUCAGGUGUUCAUCUCCCUCUCCUGGACCGCAGCAUCCCUGACUUCUCCAGCUUCAGCACUGUGGACGAGUGGCUGGAUGCCAUAAAGAUGGGCCAAUACAAAGACAACUUUGCCAGUGCUGACUUUUCUACAUUUGAUGUGGUGUCCCAGAUGACCAUGGACGACAUCCUGAGGGUUGGUGUGACGUUAGCAGGCCAUCAAAAGAAGAUCCUCAACAGCGUCCAGAUGAUGCGGGCACAGAUGAACCAGAUCCAGUCGGUGGAGGUUUGACCCUUCCGAGCGGAGCAGAGGGGGGAAAAGAAAAAAGCGGUUGGGAUGCGGGUGCUCUGGGUGCGGAGGAUGGAGUGGAAGUUUUUUUUUUGUUUUGUUUUUUAUUUUUUUGUUUUUUUUUCGCGUGACAGUGUGUCUGGUCUUCCCACCAGACAACCAUUCAUCCCCCCGUUCCCCUCUCCACUUCCCUCUCUCCUCCUCUCAUCCCCUCACCCUGACUCUCUCUCCAUGCUUGGGGUUAUCUGUGGAGAGCUGUGGAAAACAAAAAAAUCCAUGUGAUGAGGCAUCAGAGGGCCGACAGCCAAUCCACCUCUCUGGAGCCAGGAACAUGGGAGGUUAGAAGCGACCAGCAACACAUUUUUCAAUCUUCCACCAAUUUUUCAUUUGAUGUUGAACAUUUAUUGUUUUGGUUUGUUUGUUCUGAUAAUUUUGUAAAGAUUUUUUUAAAGAAAAAAAAAGAGAAAAACUGAGAAAAGGCAAGGAGUUUAUCUAAAUUUAUAGAUGAUAUAAGGUUGUACACUAGAAGAACUGAGUAGGAAAGCUACCCUUUAAAAGGGCAAAAAAAAAAGAAAAAAAAAAAAAGAAAACAAGGAAGAGUUGAGGAAACAAGGACAUCCUCAACAAGGUGUGGAUAUUAUCUUUGUCGUUUAAAUUUUUGGACAUCAUGAGGAAACAGAGUUCUCUGUGGCCUUCUGAAAGGCAAACUGCAGAGGAGACUGAGGGACCCGACUCGCACUUCCAGCUGUUUCCCCAGGAGAGAAAAAUAAAUCUAAAAAAAACAAAAAAACAAAAACAUGAAAAGGACAACGUUUGGCACAGACUGAUUCAUUCAGACUGACAAUUCACACGGUGAAACCAACACUCAAGAAAAAGAAAAAAAACUUCUUUUUUUUUUUUCUCAUUGCAAGUAAUUUUCUAUAUUGUGUGAAAUUUUGUGAUGAAGAUUCCCUCACGCCAUGCUUCCUCUCACUAUAGACAAAAAUGACAAGUUUGUUUGUUUUUUUCCUUCACGGUGAAAUAUUCACAGCCUGCCAAAUAGAACUCUUCCCUUUUUUGCACCCCAGUCAUGAUCCUGUACUGUACAUAUCAGAUGCACUUGACCUGCCAUAACAUGACGACUCAGAGACGUUGUAAUUGAUCAGUUGAGGAGCAGAACAACUGACGACAGGGAGGAUUUAUUUUGUUGUCCACCAUCAGUUUCUGUCCUCUCGUUUUGUGAGAAAAAAAAAAAAAAAAAAGAACAGCAAACCUCCUACAUAGAUCCACACACACACGCACAAUCACAAACACACACACACACAAAACCAGUUUACAUCCGACUCCACUUACAUACACUAUGUCCCGUUAUAGCAUCCUCCCUCAUGUUGUUCAUCUCCAGCGCCGUCUGUGGAUACGUGCACAACGUUGCACACGGACACCACGCCGCUCCUGUAGCGCCGGGACUCUGUGUUUGAUAGCAUGCUGAGUGAGUGGUUAAUUUCACAGUGCUUUGAUUUGCUGCAAUUACUAGAACUCUGUUUGGUAAGAGCUUGGAUUUGACACACUUUACAGAGUAUAAUGUGGCUGCAUUAUAUUCAGCGUUUCUUCUUCUUCCAGCUUUCCUUUUGAAAAGACAAUUUUUAUGUUUAAAGGAUUAAAGUUUUGAUACCGCACAUGGUUAUUUGACACACACACACACGCAUGCACACACACACACACACACAUAUACACACACAUACACACACACACACACACACACACACACAGAGUCACGAAUAGGUUUUACAAUCAGGCGUUUGUUGAAUUAAAAACAAAAAAAAUGCAAUGUGUUAUAUUAUUGCAAUUUCUGUAUGGAUAUUAUUGAAUUGUUAUUAUUAUUACUUUUAGACUUUUUUUUCUGCACUGAGUCUCCUGUUUGACUCCAACAAACACUCUGGAUCCUCCAUGAAUGCUUUGAAUUUAUUUUUGGAACACGAUUCAUGUUGGUGCACAAAACCAUGUAGAUAAACAGUUUCUCCCUGUAACAGGUUUUGAUUUCAUUUUCUAGACAGUAUAUGCAUUUAUUGUAUGGUUUCCUGUGAACAAUACUGUCUUAUGAGUACAGAGCAAUUAUUGUUUGUGUUGUCGUCGCCAACCUGGUGUAAGGGAUAUGGGGGGGGGGUUCGUAGCAAUGCAGCGAUUCCCCUGAGAUGGUGGAAUCAGGCGGGGGGUUCAUGUAUACAGCCAGCAAAUGAUAUCAGCAUGGCAAAGCGCCUACUGGGGCUCCGCUCUGAGACCUGACAGCCAGACAUGGACGUCCAGCUGUGAGCCAUCGGUCAGAUGUGUCCGGUCACAGCGGGGGCCCGUCCCACCCCGAUCACAGCCGCUCUGUCCAGGCACUGAUUCCCUCUCUCCCUCUCUCCUUGAUCACAUACAUGCCUGUCGGCCACCUGUCUGCCGCUCCCACUGAUCUCCUCACAAUUGGCUUUCAGCAGUUGUCUGGUUUCGUCUUGGUGAGUUUAAAAGCAUCAACAGCAGCAGGCGAGCUGACACUCAUCAGUGGGGCAGUUGUGUCUUGUCUCGUCCUGAUGCUGCAUGCCACUAUGUGGAGAAAAAAGAGAGAUUCCUCCUGACUGGUCAAUGCUUCCAUGUUGGCGUGUACCAAAUCCUCUGAUCCUGACCUGAGUUUUUGUGGUGUAACUACAGACAGCUUUAGCACCAAAGCCCUGGUUAACGAAAGUGAGAAACCUCAGUUGCUGCACCCUUUUCAUCCUACCUGUCAUUAUCCCUUUAUGCCCAGAGAAUUCAAGGUGAGGGGUGGAGGGAUUUUUUUAUUCUCUUUAUGCUCCAUAAUCCUCUUUUUUGUUAUUUUUAUCUGCAGUGAAACACAUCACAACGAAUAUUUCCCUGGAAGCUUUUAUAACAUAUGAAACUGGAGGAGGAGAAUCAUGAGCUGUUAGUCACAGCUGAGAAGCAACUGAAAAGUGAUGCUGUGACCUAAAUGCCACUGAUGCUAACAUGCAGUUUGCUUUCCUUUUUCUUUUUUUUCUUUUUUUUUUUACUGAGCUUUAGAUUAUCUUCCUUUUCCAUUUCUCAACACUUAACAGCUCAUCAGUUUUAUUUAGUGAGGCUGGGGCUGUACGUCUUCUCGUGCGUACGGUAAAUAUUCCGUCGUCAGGAAAAACACUUAACGUUGUUCAAGAAAUUAAUCUAAAGUCUACACAAGGCUGGCAAAUUUUUUUUGCUCCAGCCCCAUUAAAGCUCAUUCAAAUGCCUGCCCCUGGACGCUGCCAAGACUUUGAGUUAUUAAUCAAGCAAUUAUCCUUGAACCUUGCUUGAAGGAACUACCUUAAACAGGGUGGGCAGACAUAAAAUAAUGCUGAAGUCGAUUUUUUUUUCUUUUUUUCUGCUGCAUACUGAUGGUAUUUUCUUGCAGCUAGGAGAAUACUUUGUGUCCCUUCUGAAGGGUUAGUUUGUUCAUCUGAAAGAGUUGCAGAAAACCUUCUGAUUGAAUAUGGAAGGUCUUGAGGCAGUGCAUGAAGUAUUUAUGUGUCUUAUUAUUUUUGAUGGCACAAAAGAGACGUUGUUGUUGUUGUUGCAAGUUCAGGCCGAGCAAUGAUCAGUGGGCGAAGAAAUUGCCACACUUGAGCCAUGUGUUUUCUGGCUUCCCUUUCUACAGCAGACUGGCUACUUAGUUCACACCAAAGCCCAAGCUGUGAAAAAGAGCUCUUAUGUCCAAUUUUAGACUAUUGAAAAAUGUAUACAAACCAACUUACUAAUUCAUCUGCUACAGUCUCUUUAGUGGGCAUACUUUUAAAUGAAUUUUUACUUGAUAUGAUAAUUCUUUUAUCACUCCUUUGAAAUCAGACUGAAUAUUUAAUUGAAGUUAAAUUACUGUCCAUUACUGUAAAUGGUUUCUACAGCCAGAUAUAUCUGAAAUUUGGACCACUGGGAGAUUUAAAAACCGCUGUAUUUCAAUACAAGAUUUGUGUGUACCCAAAGGUGUUUUCAACCUUUAACUCAGUGGCUUGUCUCCCUUUCAAAACAUUUGUUUCCUGCUGUUCACUUUCCAGAAACAAUAUGUAUUAUUUAACUUUACAGAUGUAGUUUUAUUGCAAGAUUUCAUAGUUUUACAGCACCCAGUAUGCCAUAGCAGUCUCCAGCUUCUCCUGUUUAAAAACUUUUUACAGUUUUCCCUCCUGAAAUUGAAGUAGAUGCAGUGUGGUUCUGACUCUCAUGAUGGUUUCACACAACGUUUGCCUAUUGCAACUUUCAGCAAAACAUGCUGUACUUUCUCCUCUUCCAUCUGUGAAGCAAAGUAAAACCAGUCAGCCCUGCCCUCGCCAUGUGCCAAUAUUUGAAGGACGGAGGAAAACCGUUAAGUCUCAGUGUUACAGUUAUAUGAUAGUGUGCAUAAACAGGAUCUGUGCCAGGUUGUACCCACUGGGCUGCGUUUGAACGCCGCCCAACUUCCAGUACGGUCAGAGGGAGAGGUCUGCCUCCCGUUGUGGCAGACAGAAAAUGGCUCCUUUGUGAUGGUUGCAGCACGAAGCACCAGAGCGCCCUCUACUGCUGUGGUGGUGGUGGUCAAAUGUAGCAUGUUGGAUUGACAUUUUCAGGUCCUGAUAGUCUGUGAAUGCUGCAGCGGGGGCAGAGCUCCAGUGUUCAGGACACUUCAGCAGGCUGCUGAUGGACAAAUGCUGGCUGCUGCUCAGAACAAGCCUGCGUCUUUCCGUCUGUUGGAGAAACUUUCAUACCACUGCGGCACCCUGCCACUUGUGUUCCCCUAUAUGACCCAGUGUUCUCCUCUGUUUAGCCGUCCCUGCCUCUGAACCCCACCCCCCCACCCCCCACUACCGCUCUGGCUGGUGGUUAGUGCAGGCAGGGGAUCUUACAUGUUCCCCUGGUUUGUUAAAGCCCACAUUAUAGACCAGUGCCGGUUCAGACCACUGUGACUGAUGUGGGAGAUCCUGUAUUUCUGUAUAAAUGUAUAUUGACUGUAACCCUGUGAAUGAUGUAACAAUUUCAUUAUUUGUUAUAUUGUCAUUGGUUUAUUUUCUAAAAAUGGAAAGCCCAACUUGACUCUCCUCAAUAAAAAUAAGAUCUGUAAUAAAAAAAAAUAAAAAAAGA